GCUAUUCCAGAAAGGCAGCGCCACCUCAUCUCUCAAUUCUCAUUCAUGAAGAGUCAUGAGGUGAGACUCAUAAAAUAGGCUUCUUAUUCGAGAAGCGAAACCACCAAAGUCGUACUUUAAAACCAGCCACAGAACCCUGCCAAACACCACAUCAUCAAUUAUUUCCCUCUUAAAAACCACCUUCUCUUCCUUUCUCUUUCUGCCUCAUCCCCACACCAACCUAUUUUCCCUCCCAAAAACAACCUUAUUCUCAGCAAAUAUUAUGGGCACUCUUGUGGGACAUGUAGCUCCAGGUUUUGGGUUCUUGAUGAUUGGUUUGUGGCACCUCUUCAACCACAUCAAGCUCCACGCCCUUAACCCCAAGUCCUACAACGGUCCACCAUGGUUCCCCACAACCAAGUUCAGAUAUCUAGAGCUUGUUCUCAUCAUGGCAGGCACCGCAGUCUCCAUAGCCAUGGAACUCUUCAUAGGCCCUGAUCGCCACCAACCUUUAGACCCAGAUGGAACCAUUCCCUCCAACCAUCUCCACAACUUCGAGCAUUCUUCCAUCUCCAUGACCUUCUUCACCUACGCAGCCUUUGCCAUCAUCCUGGACCGAGCUCAAACCCAAGCCCAACAUGGACUAACCCAAUUUCUUGGAGCCAUAGCUUUUGCUCAACAACUUCUCCUCUUCCAUCUCCAUUCUGCAGAUCACAUGGGCCCAGAAGGCCAAUACCAUCUUCUGUUGCAGCUUUUGGUUUUUGUUUCACUCUCCACUACCCUCAUUGGAAUUGCACUACCUAGAAGCUUCUUGGUCAACUUAUUGCGUUCCCUCAGCAUUUUCUUCCAAGGUUUGUGGCUUAUGGUGAUGGGUUUCAUGCUUUGGACACCUUCACUCAUACCCAAAGGUUGUUUCAUGAACGAUGAGGAGGGUCACAUGGUGGUGAGAUGCUCCUCUGAGGAGGCACUUCACCGUGCUAUUUCUCUGGUCAAUAUCCAAUUCAGUUGGUUCAUCAUUGCAGUCACCAUUUUUGCCGUUUCUUUCUAUUUGGUCUUGGUCAAACUUUAUAGUGAGAAUGUGCAGUAUUUUACGUUGGGGAAUGAGGAUGAAGAGUCAAACGACGACGUUGAGUCGCAAAAGAGCGGCACCUUUGGCAACAUCAAAAGCUUUAUUCACGUGGGGAAAGUCUUUUCUCAGAAUGAGAUGGAAAGGUAGAGAGUGAUGAAACUGUAAGAGCCGUGUGUUAAUUUGUGAUUAGCGAGUGAUUAAGUGUGUGGGUGUACAGUGUUUUUAUACUAGUAACUA